AUGGCCACGCCUACUACAGAGAGGAUGAGACAGGUCCACCUUGGUCUUGGCUCAGCUGGAUAUGCAGCCGUCUCUCGCCCCAGCAGCAGCAGCAGCAGCACUGACGAGCAGCAGCAGCAGCAGCUCGCCAUUUUCGCGCAGGAGCACGCGGCGCACGAGGCGAUGUUGCUCGCCAAGUGUCCGCCCGCCAUCUGGCCGCACGGCUCGUACCGCGCGAGCUGCCCGCGCCCCAUCCUGGUGACGAGGGCGCACUGCCAGCAGCUGACGGAGCUGCAUGCGGCGCUGGCGGCGGCGCUGAACGACAUUGUGCCCCGGUGGUGGCGGGACGAGGGCGCAGGGUUUCCGCAGCGCAUGCCUCUGGCAGCAGAGGAGGAGGGUUUGCUCAAGUGGUUAGAUGAACAGCAAGAUCUAGGCCGCCUGGCCGAGUUUGCAAAAUGUCAGGGCUCCUGGCGGCCCGACUUCCUCAUCGAAGAGGUGCGCGCCGAGGACGGCACCUGCGCGGAAAACUUUCGCCUGUCCGAGAUCAACGCCCGCUUCUGCUUCAACGGCUUCAUGCACAUCUCGUACGGCAGCGCGGCGCUCGAGGACAUGGGCAUGGAGCGGUCCGGCCUCGUCGCAGCCACCGACGGAGCAGAGCUCUUUGAGGGUCUGCUCGAUCUGUUCCAGCACGACAAGCCCCUGCAUCUCCUCAAGGGCGAGGAAGCAGGCAUCGACAUCCAAAUGUUCAUUCAUGCCGUCCGCCUCCGUCUCGGCACCGCGCCACGACUCAUCACCCCGUCCGAUCUGCGCCUCGCCCCGGACCAGCACGGGAACACCACCCUUUGCUGCCUCGCCCCCUCCUCCUCGUCCCCGUCGUCCACACUCCUCUACACCACCGCCGGAGAGGCCGUCGAGGAGAUCCAUCAGGUCGGCGUCGAGCUGCACCAGCGGGAGCUGCUGCGGCUCGACCCCGAGGUGUGGCGGCUGCUCAGCCUGCGCUGCUUCAACGACAUGCGCACCGUGCUCCUCGUGCACGACAAGCGCAUGCUGGGCAUCAUUCUCCAAGAGCUCCCGAGCCUCCUUGCGCGGGGCGUCGUCACGCCCGCCCAGGCGGCUGCCCUCAACCGCGGCAUCGCGCACACCAUCCUCCCCGGGUCGGCGGAGCUGCAGACGCUGCUCCGCGACGACAGCGUCAGAGACGAGUAUCUGCUCAAGCCAGUGCGCGGGGGCAAGGGCGCGGGCAUCCUGUUUGGGGAGGAGAUGACGGCAGAGGACUGGCGCGCGGCGGUGACGAGCCUACUGCAGCAGUCGCCGUCGCCGGCGGGAGCAAUGGUGAUGCAGCGCCGGGUGAGGCAGCAGCGGUACGACGUGGUGCUUAGGGAGACGGGCGAGGUCGGGCACUUCCCGCUCGUGGGAACAUAUCACGUCGUGAACGGCAGGUAUCUGGGCAUCGGCAUCUGGCGCAGCAGCGGGGAGCGCAUCUGUGCCGUGUCCACCGGCGGGUCGUGGAUGUGCUCCGUCAUGAGUCCUUGA